ACACAGACUUGCCGAGCGCCCUGGGGAAUAACGCGGAGAGGAAGUGAUCCGGAGCCCUUGUCUGCCUGAUCCAGUUUCCUGCUCCGGGGAGGAUCUGGUUACCGCGGCCGCGCUCUCCGUCCGUCCGUCCGUCCGAUCGGCCAUGGGACGCCGAGGCGCCGAUCCGCGCUGAGCUGAGCUGAGCCGAGCCGAGGGGAGCGGCGCCACCGGCUGUCGGGCUCGCCUCGGCAGUGCUGUGAAGCUAUAAUGAAAGGAAGUCCACAAUUAGACCGCUUCACAGUUUACUGAGCUGCCGAGCAGACGGCAAUGUGCAGGAAAUGCCUUCAGGAAGCUGCUACCUAAAUCCCAUGAGUGGCACCGCAUGCAAAGACAUCAACAAUUGAUAAACAUUGUUGGUUGCAGCGAUCGUUUCCGCAGAAGAAAAUGCAACUUAUCAUUUAAUUAAUUUUACACGUCAGCAGUCAAUAACAAGGUAUGGAGAGUGCCAUCACCCUCUGGCAGUUCCUGCUGCAGCUGCUGCAGGACCAAAAGCACGAGCACCUCAUCUGCUGGACAUCGAACGACGGCGAGUUCAAACUACUGAAGGCAGAGGAGGUGGCCAAGCUCUGGGGGCUGCGGAAGAACAAGACCAACAUGAAUUACGACAAGCUGAGCCGCGCACUGCGAUACUAUUACGAUAAGAAUAUUAUUAAGAAGGUGAUCGGGCAGAAGUUUGUUUACAAGUUUGUCUCGUUUCCGGACAUUUUGAAGAUGGAUCCCCUCGCGGCAGAGUCGGGCCGGGAGCACAUUUUACUGCGGGACAGUGAGGCGGGGUCCAUUGGCGAGGGAGCAGAGCACCAGCAGGUGACAUUGAGCGGCAGUCGGAGUCUCAGUCGCAACGACUACAUCCACUCGGGCUUGUACACCUCCUUCACCAUCAACUCCCUGCAGAGCCGCUCCGACUUCUUCAAGGCCAUCAAGAUGGAGAAGCCGGAGGAGAGGGUGGCGAGGAGGUCGGUGCCGGGCGAGGAGGUGCGGACUGUCAUCAGAUUCGUAGCGAACAAGAACGAGAGGUCGUCCGCCGUGUCGCUGUCGCCUGUCUCGGCCGGGCCGGCGCGCUGCCCGUCGCCGGAGACCGUGGUGUCGCCGACGUUCUUCACGGCCGUCUCCUCGAAGGCAGCGUCCUUCAGCUCGGCCAUCGUGUCCACGUCCUCGGGCGCAGCCUUGCCGGCGGGGUACCAAGAGGCCUGCAUUAUUGAACUCGAUACCAGUGACUCCGAGCAGUCCGCUCAGCCGCUGAACCUCUCGGCUGGCCCCAAGACCAAAUCCCCCUGCCUGGCCGACCAGAGGCACAGCCACCUACCAAAGACUAAGAAGCCCAAAGGCCUGGAGAUUUCAGCACCUUCUUUAGUCAUUACUAACACGGACAUCAGCUCCAUUGCCCUGAACAGCCCAGCACUUCCGUCAGGAUCUCUCACUCCCUUUUUCACCGCACAGAUGGGAGAGAGCGGUGUGCAAGACCUGGGAGACCGCAUCGUCCGUGGACCUGUUCGGACGGUAUGCAAACUGCAACGGGUCCAUGUUCCGAGGGAGGAAGGCGCAGAUGUGAUUCUUCACCAGCCUCUCAAAGCAUUUCAUGACUACCGAGACACCCAGUGGGAUUCUGUUGACACCAAGCCCCUUACUCUCCAGUAUUCAUUUUUGGAGUACACUAAGUCCAGUGGCUCCCUUGAGUCCCGCCAGACUACAGGGACCAGGCUCCUUAUUUCAGUUCCCAAGCUUGGUUAAUGGACACAUGCCAAUUCCAAUGCCUAGUUUGGAUGGAAUUUCUCCGUUGCUGCUUUCAUCAAACACCCAGAAAUCAUGAUACUGCCUUAUUGAAGGACCAAAAGGGACCAAUUAAAUACCAAAAUGUCAGGCAAUAAUCAGCUGUUAUUUUUAUCAGUGAUCUUGCAUCAUUGGUAUGAAGUUGUCAAUCAUAUUAUGAAGUAUAGAUUAAAUACCUUUUAUAUGUGUUUAUAAUUAGUUUUGUUCCCAGUGUUUUAUAAUGAAGUUGGCAAUAAAUAUAUUAUCUUUUCUUGUACCUUGCGUUUUAUGCACUGUGCUUUUAAUGAAUGUUAACCAGCUGUGCCUACUUAUGCUUAGUUUAUGUAAAUGACCUGUAAACCUGUUGUAAUGGCAAGUUAUUAGCAUUAUUAAAUAAUUGAAGCUUUGUAUCAGUUUUCAAUUAUUGGUUAUUAAAGGACGAUACUAUGUAUUAGCAAAAAAGAUUUAUGCUAUUUUCAAUGUAAGUUUUUUUUAAAAAAAGCAUUGCAGUUUAUAUGUUUUAUAGAUGGAUUUGCCUUGUCUUUGUAUUUUGGCUACAGGUUUGUAAUUAACAUAUUUCAAUAAAUACCAGAAACCUAACUAAA